AUGUUGCUCAAUACCCCAAAGAGCCUGCUUCUCCUCAAAGAAUGUGAUUCUAUCACUGAUUCAGAAGGCAGUCAGAACCCGCGAACCAGACUUCUUCUUUCCAGUUCAACCCCACUCGAGCCUGCAGUUUUGCGCACCGCCACAGUCAAGUCAAUCAUCCAGCGCAACCACUACCGACACGCAAAGGUUGAGCUUGACUUAUACCUUCUGCUUGACUCGGACCCAAUGCUCGACGGCAAUCUCCCUUCUGCAGGACACCAAUCCUCUUCCUCUACCGGAAACUACUGGCUCGACUGCGCGGAGUCAGAAACAUCAAUCUCUUUCAAUGAUCCCAAUGAAAUACCGUCCCACCUCUACAACCCUCCGCGUCUGCCCAUGAUGCAAUUGCUCAAGAACUGGUGGCGAUACCGUUAA